UCCCAGUGAACGUAGACCCCGCCACAUUCGAUAGCUACUACAAUGGAUGUUGUAAUGGUACAUUUUGGCCACUUUUUCACUCAAUGCCUGGACGAGCAGCAUUCAGCGCGAGCGAUUAUCGGAACUACGUAACUGUCAACAAGUGUUUUGCAGCCAAGACAAUUGAAGCUUUGGAAAAAUGCCACAAGAAUAAGAAAAAUCCCAACGCUGUGCCAAUCAUCUGGAUCCACGACUAUCACCUAAUGCUGGCAGCCAAUUGGAUUCGUGAAGAGGCUGAAGAAAAGAAACUCCCCUGUCAACUGGCCUUCUUCAUGCACAUUCCAUUCCCACCAUGGGAUAUCUUCAGAUUGUUCCCGUGGUCCGAUGAAAUCCUUCAAGGAGUCCUGGGUUGUGAUAUGGUUGGUUUUCAUAUUCAGGAUUACUGCCUGAACUUCGUGGACUGUUGUCAGAGGAAUCUGGGAUGUCGUGUUGAUCGGAAUAACUUGUUGGUUGAGCAGGGUGACCGAUCAGUAAGGAUUCGUCCGCUUCCUAUUGGUAUUCCAUUCGAAAGAUUUGAGGAAUUAGCAAAGAAAGCGAAAAGAGUUCUAAAAACGAAACAAAAGGUUAUUUUAGGAGUUGAUCGAUUAGACUACACAAAAGGACUUGUUCAUAGGUUAAAAGCAUUUGAAGCUCUGUUGGAACUGCAUCCUGAACACAGAGGUAACGUAAGCUUACUGCAAGUUUCAGUCCCUUCACGAACAGAUGUGAAGGAAUACCGUGAGCUCAAGGAGGAAAUGGAUCAAUUGGUCGGUCGAAUCAACGGACGAUUCACUACAGCCAACUGGGCCCCUAUUCGUUAUAUCUAUGACUAUGUCGCCCAAGAUGAUUUGGCUGCCCUUUAUCGAGACGCUGCUGUUUGCUUAGUUACCCCAUUACGAGAUGGAAUGAAUUUGGUCGCCAAGGAGUUUGUCGCUUGCCAGAUCAACGAAUCACCUGGGGUUUUAGUUAUAUCACCCUUUGCAGGCGCAGGUGAAAUGAUGUUGGAAGCAUUGCUGUGCAACCCCUACGAAGUAACCGAAGCUUCAGAAGUGAUUCAUCGAGCGUUGACCAUCUCCGAAGACGAAAGAAUUCUAAGAAUGAGUCGAUUAAGGUCUCGUGAGAAAGAAUGUGAUGUCAAUCAUUGGAUGAGGAGCUUUUUAAAGGCAAUGGGAACAUUGGAAGUGGACGAUGUUGGUACAACUACAAUGCAACCGGUUUCAAUAGACGACUUCGAUGACUACUUGCUGAAGUACAUUGGCUACAAUCAUAAGUUAGCUUUAUUGAUGGACUACGACGGUACUCUGGCUCCGAUAGCACCUCAUCCAGAUUUGGCAAUCUUAUCACCGGAAACUAAGAAUGUACUCUUCAAACUAUCGAAUCACUCAGAUGUUUAUGUAGCAAUCAUUUCGGGACGAAGUGUUGACAACGUAAAGAAAAUGGUAGGCAUCGAAGGUAUCACAUACGCAGGUAACCACGGAUUGGAAAUUCUACAUCCUAACGACAGCAAAUUUGUUCACCCAAUGCCAAAUGAAUACGAAGAAAAAGUUAGGUUACUUCUUAAGGCACUCCAGGAUUCUGUAUGCCGAGAUGGUGCCUGGGUAGAAAAUAAAGGACCUUUGUUAACAUUCCACUACCGAGAGACACCUAAUGAACUCAGGCCAGCUAUGAUCGAGAAAGCUCGUACCUUGAUUGAAAAGUAUGGAUUCCGCGCAACAGAGGCUCAUUGUGCCUUGGAAGCUAGACCUCCAGUACAAUGGAAUAAGGGUCGCGCCUCAAUUUAUAUUCUGAGAACGGCAUUCGGCGUUGACUGGAGUGAAAGGAUAAAAAUCAUAUAUGCUGGCGACGAUUUAACGGACGAAGAUGCCUUGGUGUCCCUCAAAGGUAUGGCCAGGACCUUCCGUAUCACAAACUCGGACUUCGUCAAAACCGCUGCGGAUCAUCGUCUACCAUCAACGGAUUCGGUACUGACUUUGCUGAAGUGGGUAGAACGACAUUUCAUGGGAAGGAAGGCUCGAGCGAACUCAUUGACUUUUCGAAAUCGAAAAGAGGAUGGUGUAACCACUCAUAUGUCAUUUGACUUGGUACCGAAUACUCUGAAUAACUGUGACAAUUUGUAGAUAAGUAUUUGGAUGAAGACCAAUCGAAGCCUAAUUCAAAUUUGGUUUUAAUCAUUGAUUUUAUAAGAUAAUUAGGUUGUAUUAAUGUUUAGGGAAUAGAAAAUUCAAAUCAGUAAAAAAACUGAAAAGAUUAUGGUGAAAUAUAGAAUUCUAUAUUCAUA